AAGACGUGAGGGGGAGGGGGGUGUUUGAGGGGGAGACCCAGCUCUCUAAAUACAACCACUAAAAAACAUAUCCAAUCAAUAAAACGAAGUGAAUUCAGUAAAGAUCGUCCGUCGCCUGGCCAUGGUGUGCUGAGCUGUGCUGACACUCUGUGUGAAACGUGAAUUCGGGCGCACACCUGCAGCGCUGUGUGAAACCUUGUCAGCAGCAAACUAGAAACUUCAGAUAAGUUUCAACUUCCAAGCUGCAAAAGGAUGGACAGUUUCUCUCCGAGUGGGAAUGGGGUGCGCAGCUAGGCUGAAGAUGGAGUGAGGAAAGAAGCUGGAGCCGAAGUCAACACUAAGUCAUGGCAGCCCUGCUGCCCCUGUCUCCUGGGGACACCCCCCUCCUCAGUGCCCCCCCACUGGGCUCACAGGUCCACGCCGCCGCUGUCAAUGGAGACCGAAGCGCCCUCCACAGGCUCAUCACAGCGGAUCCGUCUCUGCGGGACAGGGAGGACCAGUUUGGGCGCACCCCCCUGAUGUACUGCGUGCUGGCCGACCGGCUGGACUGCGCCGAGACGCUGCUGAAAGCCGGGGCCCACGUCAACAAGGCCGACCGCAGCCAGAGAACAGCCCUCCACCUGGCGGCGCAGAAGGGCAGUGUGCGGUUCAUGAAGCUGCUCCUGGCUCGCAGGGCGGACUGGCUGCAGAAGGACCUGGAGGAGAUGACCCCUCUGCACCUGAGCACCCGACACCGCAGCCCCAAGUGCCUGGCCCUGCUGCUGAAAUACAUGGCUCCUGGGGAGGUGGACACCCAGGACAAGAACAAGCAGACAGCCCUGCACUGGAGCGCCUACUACAACCACCCCGAGCACGUCAAGCUGCUCAUCAAGCACGACUCCAACAUCGGCAUCCCUGACGUCGAGGGCAAGAUCCCCCUGCACUGGGCCGCCCACAACAAGGACCCCAGCGCCACGCACACUGUGCGCUGCAUCCUGGAGGCUGCCCCCACAGAGUCCCUCCUGAACUGGCAGGACUACGAGGGCCGCACACCGCUGCACUUCGCGGUUGCCGAUGGCAACGAGGCGGUGGUGGCCGUGCUGACAUCGUACGAGGGCUGCAGCGUCACCGCCUACGACAAUCUGUUCAGGACCCCCCUGCACUGGGCUGCUCUCCUGGGUCAUGCCCGCAUCGUGCACCUGCUCCUGGAGAGGAACAAGUCUGGCACCAUCCUCUCAGACAGCCAGGGAGCCACCCCGCUACACUACAGCGCCCAGAGCAACUUCGCGGACACAGUGGCAGUGUUCCUGCAACACCCCUCUGUAAAGGACGACGUAGAUCUGGAGGGCCGUACAGCCUUCAUGUGGGCUGCUGGGAAGGGUAGCGAUGAUGUAAUCAGGACCAUGCUGGACCUCAAAGCUGACAUUGACAUCAACAUGACUGACAAAUAUGGAGGCACUGCGCUGCACGCGGCGGCUCUCUCGGGCCACGUGAGCACGGCCCGGCUGCUGCUGGAGCGCGGGGCCCUGGUGGACGCCCUGGACGUGAUGAAGCACACGCCCCUGUUCCGCGCCUGCGAGAUGGGCCACCGCGACGUCAUCCUCACCCUCAUCCAAGGGGGCGCUCGUGUGGAUUUGGUAGACCUGGACGGCCACACGGCUCUGCACUGGGCAGCCCUUGGCGGGAACGCGGAGGUGUGUCAGAUCCUGAUGGAAAAUGGCAUCAGCCCCAACGUCCAGGACCUGGCCGGCCGCACCCCGCUGCAGUGCGCCGCCUACGGGGGUUACAUCAACUGCAUGGCCGUGCUGAUGGAGAACAGGGCCGAUCCCAACAUACAGGACAAAGAGGGGAGGAUGGCGCUGCACUGGUCCUGUAAUAACGGAUACCUGGAUGCCGUGAAGUUGCUGCUGGGAUGCGGUGCCUUCCCUAACCACAUGGAGCACAACGAGGAGAGGUACACCCCUCUGGACUACGCCCUGCUGGGCGAGCACCAGGAGGUGACGCAGUUCAUGCUGGAGCACGGCGCCCUGUCCAUCGCCGCCAUCCAGGACAUCGCUGCUGCCUCCAUCCAGGCCGUCUACAAGGGCUACAAGGUGCGGCAGGCCUUCCGCGAGCGCAAGAACCUGCUGAUGAGGCACGAGCAGCUGCGCAAGGACGCGGCCAAGAAGCGGGAGGAGGAGCAGAGACGCCGGGAGGCGGAGCAGCAAGGUCUGGAGGCGGGGAAACCAAGCCAGGGGGCUUGGCAGCAGGGUCAAGAGGAGGAGCGGCAGGGUCCGGUGGACAGAUUGGAACCGAAACUCAGGUCCCUGUCGGUUUCGGACAGUGGCAGCAGGGCUCCUGGGGUCCACGCCACCCCGAAACCUUUUGGGGCAGAGCACAGUCACAACACAAAGGGCAAAGUUGGGGAGCCCUGUCGAAACAGAGAACGCAGGAGCAGAUCUGCCAAGAGCGAGCAGAGGGGGAGGACUGCUGACGUUCGAGCUGUGCCUGUCCUGCCCCCCAAACCUGCGGCCCUAGCCCCCCCCGAGAAGGACACUCCCCUCUCCCCUGGCCCCUCGAAGAAGUCUCCUGCUUCCUGUAGGAAGGGAUCUGUGGACAGGGGUGAAGAGGAGGCCCACUCAAGACCAGCGCGCCAGACAGGAACCCCCCCAAAAACUACCAAGGGUGCUUCUAAACCAGAAGGGAAGAGUCUAAACAGCGAGCGUCACUCCCCGGCAGGCUCCAGCAGGCCAGGUAGUGCCAAACCUGGCACCCACACGGCGGUGCCAACCCCCAAACUGGCCGCCCCCGUCACCCACACCCCCACCCAGAACACACAGCUACCUCCACUGGCACCCCGCCACCCCCGGAGCCAGAGCCACCCUCCUCCCUGCUCGGCCCCCCGGCCCGACCGGCCCCUCCCUGCCCCGCUCCCGAAAGCCCCCGCGGGACCCUGGACCAGCGGCAGCGUGGAGCUGGUACCCCUGGAGCUGCGGCUGCAGGUGGUGGAGAGGGAGAGGAGCCGCAAGGACCUGUUCAGGAGAAAGAACCGGGCGGCCAGCACCAUCCAGGAAGCCUGGAGGAGAUUCCACGUGCGGACUCAGCUGAGGGCAGCGAUGCGUGGUGGCCCGAUGGGAGCAGCGCCGGCGGAGGCCGCGGCCUUGCUCAUCCAGCUGCUGUGGGGGAAAUCGCUGUACUCCGGCCCCGCCCACAUGGCGCCUAAGACCACACCCACCACCAGAGCCCUGCCCACCCGGGCCAGCGGGAGGAAGAGCUCCGUACUGCAGAGUAUCUACGGGGGAUCCCAGGCCAGGAGGGAGCGCUUAAGCAGAAGUGCGGUGCUGAGCUCUCGCAGCCACUCCCAGAUCCUGCUCGACCUGUCCCUUAACCCGCCGCCUCGCUUGAGCAGUGUGGGGUGUGUGCACCUGUUGGAGAGCAUGGGCCAGGCCAAGCAGUUCUCCUACCACAUGAGGCCUCACACCGCUGCUCGCAGCAGCAAAACCAGGGAGAAGGAGUGAGACAGAAGGAGAGGCUCGGCUGUCCAUCGUGACUUCAGGGAUACACAGCGCACCAGCGGACUGGCACACACAUGGCCUUCUUCACAGACCAGGCUCUCAGAGCAGUGGACAGGGAAUGAGCCCCAGCAGCAACAAUACUCACACAGCAGGCAGAACUGCCACAAGGACCGUAACCAAAACUAAACUCAAAGGACAUUGGAAUUUCCGAGAAAGUAUAUUCGUCGACCUGAGAUCAGUGGGUAUAGUCUUUCGUUCGUCCAUCCCUGCACAAACUCUAGCCACAUUGGUCAAGCUCAGGAGCACAAAAUACCUUAAUUUGUCCCUUAAGUAUUCUUUGGCUUUAAGGGGGCUUGAGAUGCAGGUUAGUUAUCCUCGGGUAGAGAAAAAUACAUGUAAAAUGCUUAGCACCUAUGUAAAUACAUAAGGUGUUUUUGUGCCAAAAAGCCAUGUGCAUCAUGAGUAAAGAUUUUGGUUUAAACUAGGGCUACCUUUCUCCUUGUGUUAGCAUGAGGAAGACUGAUUGAGAACUUGCACAACUAGACACAAGACUCCAAGUAAAACACAGAUAACGCCGGCCAGCAUUUUGGAGGACCAGCUGUCUGCUCUACGCUGUGCAGAGUCGGCAAGAGGAGCCCAGUAUCCCCCCCCAGAGACGCUUCGCGACACCAUGACGCAGCGCCCAACCUGCGUUAAAAUUCACAUCUUCGCUGCACAAGCGAUAACCUUUCCCGCAGCAGGCGUCUGUCAGCACCAGGUCAUAGCGCAGUCACACCUGCAGGGCCGGGCGGAGCUCAGCAACACAGCUGCUGGUAUUUCCUUUUGAAGAGCUAAGCAUUUUAAGCAGCUGAGGCUUUGAGUCGGCUCAUUCACCACAAAAUAAAUCUGCCGUUGGCUAAUGUAGAUUAAAUUGAAGGUACAGACUCCUGUAAUAUACACAGUGAGAGGAACACUUACGUGCUUCAUAUAUUAUUUUUACUAUCAGUCUAUUGUAUGAUAAAGGUCAAGUUAAUGGUAUUUUAUAUACUUACAGAACAGAGUUAUUAGCUUAUACGAGUUGAACCGUGCCUACAUUUAGUAAAACACCAUGAGCACACUAGGAAAGUGGUCAAAUUGAAAUGCUUGUUCAGCAUUUUUUUCAUGAAGAUAAAUACUGAAAAUUCAAAAGCUG